AUGAGGUUCCCAGCUCACCUCCUCCCUCUCUUCACAACGCUUACCCUAGCAUCACCAGUCGAUCUUAGUCGGUCAAAUCUCCACCGACUUUUCGUACGCCAGGACAUCCAAACACCAAUCAAUUCGUCCCUUCCUAAUGUCACCAUCUUCGCGACCGGUGGCACAAUUGCAUCACAGGGCAGCAGCAACACACAAACCACUGGUUACUCUAUCGGCCUAGGCGUGCAACAGCUCGUAGAUGCCGUCCCAGAACUUCUCAAUAUUUCGAAUAUUGCCGGCUACCAGAUCUCUAAUGUCGGUUCUGGCAGCGUCAAUGAGACUAUCAGCUUGAGCUUAGCGUAUAUGAUUAAUGCUGAGUUGGCGAAGGAGGAGGUUUCUGGUGUUGUGGUUACGCACGGUACGGAUACGCUCGAGGAGACUGCUUUCUUCUUAGAGAGUACGGUGAAUUCUACAAAGCCAGUUAUUGUCGUCGGCGCUAUGAGGCCAGCUACAGCACUGAGUGCUGAUGGACCGCUCAAUUUGUAUCAAGCGGUUACUCUUGCUGGAUCGCCUGCUGGGCGUAAUCGAGGGACAAUGAUCGUGCUCAACGACCGCAUUGGCUCCGCAUUCUACACGACAAAGAACAACGCCAAUACCCUAGACACCUUUUCCUCAACAGAGGCAGGGCAACUCGGAGUCUUCAUCAAUCAGGUUCCAUACUUCUUUUUUGCGCCCUCAGAGCCUGUAGGUCGCGUAGUCUUUGAUGUGACCAACGUCACAGACCUAGCAUCUGUACCUAUUCUAUACGCCCACCAGGACAUGGAUACCUCACUAUUCAACGCGUCUUAUGCCUCGGGUGCUCAGGGUAUCGUCUACGCAGGAGUUGGCGCAGGAGGUGUGUCUACCAAGGCUGCUUUAGCCGCUGAGGAGCUGUAUAUUGCCACUGGUAUUCCGAUGGUUGCUAGUCAUCGAAGUGCAGACGGGCUGGUACCAGACAGUGGUUACUUUACUAUUGCGAGUGGAUUUUACAACCCGCAGAAGGCGAGGAUUCUGUUGCAAUUAGGGCUCACCAUUGGCUGGAGUGAAGCGGAGAUUAGAGAGGCCUUUGCAUUGAGUUAUCCUGCGCCUUGA